UUCACCUAAAGGGAACAAAGAGUGAUCUACCACACGGUGGCCUACUGCCUACGUGUCAUAACAUAAUCCUCUUAUGUUGGAUGUCAUAUUAUCCUCCUGUACACACUUUCUUCGUACUGACUCCAUUCACCGACAUUUUCCCACUCCCCAAACACAAACACCCCAUUCAUGGCAAAAUCCUUCAAUCCCAAGACCCAAACCUACUCAUCUCCACGACCACCCAUCCACUUCCCUGCCAACCCUAACCUCUCCCUCACCUCCUUCCUCUUCCAAAGAACCUCCUCUUUCCCUCACACCGUCGCUCUCAUUGACUCCGACACCGAUGAAACGCUCACCUUCCACCAGCUCAAACUCCACGUCUCCAAGCUCGCGCAAUCUUUGCUCCAGCUCAGUAUCGGCAAACACGACGUCGUACUCAUCGUCGCCCCCAACUCAAUCCACUUCCCGGUAUGCUUCCUUGCUGUAGUCGCCCUCGGCGCCGUCGUUUCAACCUGUAAUCCUUCUUACACCAUUCCCGAACUCUCCAAGCAAGUCUCAGACUGUAACCCCAAGCUCAUCAUCACCGUUCCUGAACUCUGGCACAAAAUCGAAGAAUUUAAUUUACCUUCCAUAAUGUUAAGUUCCUCAAACUCUAUGAAGAUAAAGUCAAAUUUGAAAAUUUGGUACUACUCUGAAUUGAUAAAAUCGAACCGGGUUUUUGAUUUAUCGGCUAAGAAUGUCAGACAAAGCGACAUAGCCGCCCUUCUGUACUCAUCAGGCACGACCGGGACGAGCAAGGGAGUGAUUCUAACGCAUAAGAACUUCAUUGCGACGUCAUUGAUGGUGACAGCAGACCAGGACAGACACGGCGAGCCGAGGAAUGUGUUUCUGUGUUUCGUGCCGAUGUUUCACGUGUUCGGGCUCUCGGGGAUCACGUAUUCGCAGCUUCGGAGAGGGAACAUGGUGGUUUCGAUGGGGAAGUUUGAGCUCCACAAGGUGUUGAGGGCGGUGGAGAUGUACAAGGUGAGUUAUCUGUACGUUGUUCCGCCGGUGAUGAUUUUGCUGGCGAAGCAUAGUGCGGUGAAGAAAUACGACUUGUCGUCGUUGAAGCAGAUUGGUUCUGGUGCGGCACCUUUGGGGAAAGAUGUUAUGGAGGAGAUUGCGAGGAAUUUCCCUCAGGUUUCGAUUAUUCAGGGAUAUGGUAUGACAGAAACAUGUGGAACCAUUUCAACAGAAGAUCCAAUGGAACAAUCUCCACUCUCUGGAUCAACUGGAACACUUGCUUUAGGAGUUGAAUCCCAGAUAGUCAGCACAGAAACAUUGAAGCCUCUUCCACCUAAUCAAAUAGGAGAAAUAUGGGUUCGAGGACCCAACAUGAUGCAAGGUUACCAUAACAAUCCCGAAGCCACAAAGCUAACUAUAGAUGGACAAGGAUGGGUACACACAGGAGAUCUUGGAUACUUCAAUGAAGAGGGACAAUUAUUUGUUGUAGAUCGAAUUAAAGAGCUCAUCAAGUGUUAUGGUUUCCAGGUGGCACCGGCAGAGCUUGAAGGGAUGCUGCUUUCUCAUAAUGAAAUAUUAGAUGCUGUUGUGAUACCAUUCCCCGACACUAAAGCUGGUGAGGUCCCAAUUGCAUAUGUUGUUCGCUCCCCAAACAGCUCGCUAACAGAAGAAGAUGUCCAGAAAUUUAUUGCCAAGCAGGUUGCGCCAUACAAAAGAUUAAGGGCAGUAACUUUUGUGAAGAGUGUUCCAAAGUCAGCUUCAGGAAAGAUUUUGCGAAGAGUGCUCAUUGAGAAAGUCCGAUCCAACAUAUAAAGGUACCAAGCUCUCAUAAAGCUCUUGUCCCCCCUUCAAGCCUUAACCAAGGCCAGCCUAUCUUGUCUUUAACAAAUGACUAGAUCGACCAGCUGAAUUAUAUUAAUAAAUAAUCAUGUGUGUGUGUAUAUAUAUAUAUAUAUACUACAGAAGAAAAUCAAGGAUUUGCGUUGUUUUUUA